UCUGUGUUGUUGAGUCAGGUAUUCUGUCUAUGUUGUUGAGUCAGGUAUUACCCUGGGUCUAUGUUGUUGAGUCAGGUAUUCCCCUGGGCCUAUGUUGUUGAGUCAGGUAUUCCCCUGGGCCUAUGUUGUUGAAUCAGGUAUUCUGUCUAUGUUGUUGAGUCAGGUAUUCCCCCGAGUCUGUGUUGUUGAGUCAGGUAUUCCCCUGAGUCUGUGUUGUUGAGUCAGGUAUUCUGUCUGUUGUUGAGUCAGGUACUCCCCUGAGUCUGUGUUGUUGAGUCAGGUAUUCUCCUGGGCUUGUGUUGUUGAGUCAGGUAUUCCCCUUGGUCUGUGUUGUUGAGUCAGGUAUUCCCCUGGGUCUGUGUUGUUGAGUCAGGUAUUCCCCUGAGUCUGUGUUGUUGAGUCAGGUAUUCCCCUGGGUCUGUGUUGUUGAGACAGGUAUUCCCCUGGGCCUGUGUUGUUGAGUCAGGUAUUCCCCUGGGCCUGUGUUGUUGAGUCAGGUAUUCCCCUGGGCCUGUGUUGGUGAGUCAGGCAUUCUGUCUAUGUUGUUGAGUCAGGUAUUCCCCUGGGUCUAUGUUGUUGAGUCAGGUAUUCCCCUGGGUCUAUGUUGUUGAGUCAGGUAUUCCCCUGGGCCUGUGUUGGUGAGUCAGGCAUUCUGUCUAUGUUGUUGAGUCAGGUAUUCCUCUGGGUCUGUGUUAUUGAGUCAGGUAUUUUGUCUAUGUUGUUGAGUCAGGUAUUCCCCUGGGCCUAUGUUGUUGAGUCAGGUAUGCUGUCUAUGUUGUUGAGUCAGGUAUUACCCUGGGUCUAUGUUGAUGAGUCAGGUAUUACCCUGGGUCUAUGUUGUUGAGUCAGGUAUUCUGUCUAUGUUGUUGAGUCAGGUAUUACCCUGGGUCUAUGUUGUUGAGUCAGGUAUUCCCCUGGGCCUAUGUUGUUGAGUCAGGUAUUCCCCUGGGCCUAUGUUGUUGAGUCAGGUAUUCUGUCUAUGUUGUUGAGUCAGGUAUUCCCCUGGGCCUAUGUUGUUGAGUCAGGUAUUCCCCUGGGCCUAUGUUGUUGAGUCAGGUAUUCCCCUGGGCCUAUGUUGUUGAGUCAGGUAUUCUGUCUAUGUUGUUGAGUCAGGUAUUCCCCUGGGCCUAUGUUGUUGAGUCAGGUAUUCUGUCUAUGUUGUUGAGUCAGGUAUUCUGUCUAUGUUGUUGAGUCAGGUAUUCUGUCUAUGUUGUUGAGUCAGGUAUUCUGUCUAUGUUGUUGAGUCAGGUAUUCUGUCUAUGUUGUUGAGUCAGGUAUUCCCCCCCUGGGCCUAUGUUGUUGUUGUAUGGCCCUGAACAUUGUGCUUUCUGAAAACAAACUUGAGACGUAGCCCAGCAGAUGAGGAGGGCCGACAUCUGAGGAUACAGUGAUUUGAGACGUAGCCCAGCAGAUGAGGAGGGCCGACAUCUGAGGAUACAGUGAUUUGAGACGUAGCCCAGCAGAUGAGGAGGGCCGACAUCGGAGGAUACGGUGAAUUGAGACGUAGCCCAGCAGAUGAGGAGGGCCGACAUCGGAGGAUACGGUGAUUUGAGACGUAGCCCAGCAGAUGAGGAGGGCCGACAUCGGAGGAUACAGUGAUUUGAGACGUAGCCCAGCAGAUGAGGAGGGCCGACAUCGGAGGAUACGACACAGUCCAGGAGGAUAACUCACAUCUCUGCUGAGCAGAAGAGACGUUUCAACAUCAAGCUAGGCUUUGAUAGUCUGCCGAGUCUCGUUACCACGAUGAGCUCUCAGCCAAGUAUAAAGAACGUCGUCACCAUGUACGAUGGGGCGAGGGUGCCUUCCCCCCAGGACAUUGUUAACGGUGUGCUUCCUACGGCCGUGGCCGUGGCAGGGACAGGAGCCGGGGAGGGCGGGUCAGUGUCGGUACCCGCCCCGGCUGUGGGGCCCAAUCCAGAAGAAGAGGAGGUUCCAGAGGAGGAGCCUAGUCCGGAGCCUGUCCUAGUGAAGAAGGCCCACAGGGAGAUCCUAGACCAUGACAGAAAGAGGAGGGUGGAGCUGAAAUGCAUGGAGCUCCAGGAGAUGAUGGAGGAACAGGGGUACUCUGAGGAGGAGAUCAGGCAGAAGGUCUGCACCUUCAGACAGAUGCUGAUGGAGAAAGAAGGAGUGAUCACCAGAGAGAGAGCACACACUGACCCAACGGUCAAGGUCCAUGGUGAGGUGCAGACAGACCCAGCUGAAGGUUACCAUGAGGACGGCGAAUGGCACAGAGAUAAAGACGGUUAUAGAAUGAAGAGGAACUCUAGCAGCUCUCCAUCUCCCCGACCAAAGAAGAGGAAGAAGAAGAAACGUGCGGUCAGAAGGAGUCGGUUUGACAGCUCAUCUCCCUCCCGCAGAGAGAAGAAGAAGAAGAGUGGGAAAAAACACAAGCGAGACAGGUCGACGUCUGGUCAUAGGAGAAAGAGGAGAUACAGAUCGGGUAGCCCGAAGAACAAACUGAAAGACAAAACCAGAAAGAGGCCCAACUCCAAGCACAAGACAGAAGGACACAAGGCCUGUGUGAGCCCGUCCCCGUCUCCGUCCCCCGGUCCUGACGGUCCUGUCACGUGGCACAACGGGCACCACCACCGCGACCGCGGCUUCAACGGCAAGGCGGGCAGACUCAACCACAGCCACGCGGUCGAGGAGGACAAGGAGCAAGAAAAGCUGAGAAUGCUGACUGCUGUUUCUCCGGGAGCCCAGUCGACCACGAUACUGCCACAACUGAGAGGAGGAGAGAACAAGGCCCACACUGCCCUCUACAGGGCCCCAGGAAGUACUGCUGCCCAGGCUGGAGAGGCCUUACAUGGGGAGGACAGGCAGACGACGGACCUGGGGUCAUCAGGGAGAUGGGGAGGUCACAGAGUCCAGGGGAAGCGCUUCCAUUCACCGACUCACAGCAGUGACUCCGCCCACUCUCAACAUAACCUGCAUCCUCACAGAGAAAAGAGCUCUCACCAGAAGAAGACUAAAAGAUCCCACUCUUCCAAGCGUCACCGCCGUGGGGGUCGCGGACAGGCCCAUCACCAGAGGCUGUCUGCAUCCCCAGGGCGGCACCACCAUGCGUCUGGGUCAGGCACCAAGAAGAGUGAGUCUCGGGGGCGGGGCGGUGGCGGUGUCGGUGUCCGCCAGCGCAGCAGCUCCUGGAGCUCAGGACGGUCCUCAUCAUGCUCUGCCUCCAGAGAGAGAGGCCCCAGCAAGGCCAAGUCUCUCCACGUCCAUGCCAGACAGAACAAUUCCAGUUUUUCCGCUAAGGACAGAGACAGUCCUCACCACUCUGACGCUGACCGUGCUCACCGUCGUUCCAGGAGCUACUCUCCCAUCAGGAAGAGGAGACGAGACUCUCCCAGCUUCAUGGAGGCUCGCAGGAUCACCAGCGCUCGGAAGCGGCCUAUCCCGUACUACCGCCCCAGCCCUUCCUCCUCCAGUUCCAUGUCAAGCCCCUCCCAUUCAGGGAGGAGUCGCAGCCGCAGCUACAGCUGCAGUCACAGCCGCACCAGGAGCCACAGCCGCUCACGCAGCCCCAGGAGCCACAGCCGCUCACGCAGCCCCAGGAGCCACAGCAACUACAGUCGCAGCAGCUAUGAAAGCCCCGGCUUCUGAUGAGAGAGAGAGACAGAGAGAGGGGAGUUGGGGGGGCUGCGUCCCUGAUUGGCCCAAACACAGGGUCAGACCUUCUCUGUUUUUUAUACCAUCCUCAGUCUCCAUCUCUGUAUACCAGCGUUAACCAGAGCCUGGAUCUGAAAUAUCGAUUUGUCUUCACACAGGCACUUAUUUAAAAUAACAUUUUUCAGAUCAUGCUUUUAGAAAAUAAUUGAUAAAGAACAAUUCUGUAAGCACUUUCUCUAUAUGUUUCUGCAUAGCAAAAGUAAA